AUGGAGUGCCAGGCAGGCAGCCAGCCCUGGAGGAGGCUUGCUUGGACGCCUGUAUCUUUAAGUUUGACCCUGCGCUAUUCAAAAAUUGAGUGGGGCCUACAAAGGACUGCAAGCCUCCGACCCAGCCCUGCUGGCACCCGCAGUUGCUGCUCCUGUGGCACCGGCCAGUUCCCGGUACAAAUCAAAGUGGAGGAAAAAGAAGACGAUACUGAGGAAAGCUCAAGUGAAGAGGAGGAAGAUAAACUACCUCGAAGAGAGAGCUUGAGACCAAAGAGGAAACGGACCAGAGAUGUUAUCAAUGAGGAUGACCCAGAACCUGAACCAGAGGAUGAAGAAACAAGGAAGGCAAGAGAAAAAGAGAGGAGGAGGAGGCUAAAGAGAGGAGCAGAAGAAGAAGAAGAAAUUGAUGAAGAGGAAUUGGAAAGAUUGAAGGCAGAGUUAGACGAGAAAAGACAAACAAUUGCUACUGUCAAAUGCAAACCAUGGAAGAUGGAGAAGAAAAUUGAAGUUCUCAAGGAAGCAAAAAAAUUUGUGAGUGAAAAUGAAGGGGCUCUUGGGAAAGGAAAAGGAAAACGAUGGUUUGCAUUUAAGAUGAUGAUGGCCAAGAAAUGGGCAAAAUUCCUCCGUGAUUUUGAGAACUUCAAAGCUGCAUGUAUCCCAUGGGAAAAUAAAAUCAAGGCUAUUGAAAGUCAGUUUGGCUCCUCGGUGGCCUCAUACUUCCUCUUCUUGAGAUGGAUGUAUGGAGUCAAUAUGGUUCUCUUCAUCCUGACAUUCAGCCUCAUCAUGUUGCCAGAGUACCUCUGGGGUUUGCCAUAUGGCAGUUUACCUAGGAAAACAGUUCCCAGGGCCGAAGAGGCAUCGGCAGCCAACUUUGGAGUGUUGUAUGACUUCAAUGGUUUGGCGCAAUAUUCCGUUCUCUUUUAUGGCUAUUAUGACAAUAAACGAACGAUUGGAUGGAUGAAUUUCAGGUUGCCGCUCUCCUAUUUUCUAGUGGGGAUUAUGUGCAUUGGAUACAGCUUUCUGGUUGUCCUCAAAGCAAUGACCAAAAACAUUGGUGAUGAUGGAGGUGGAGAUGACAACACUUUCAAUUUUAGCUGGAAGGUCUUUACCAGCUGGGACUACCUGAUUGGCAAUCCUGAGACGGCAGACAACAAAUUUAAUUCUAUCACAAUGAACUUUAAGGAAGCCAUAACAGAAGAAAGAGCAGCCCAAGUAGAAGAAAACGUCCACUUGAUCAGAUUCCUGAGGUUUCUUGCUAACUUCUUCGUGUUUCUAACACUUGGAGGGAGUGGAUACCUCAUCUUUUGGGCUGUGAAGCGAUCCCAGGAAUUUGCACAGCAAGAUCCUGACACCCUUGGGUGGUGGGAAAAAAAUGAAAUGAACAUGGUUAUGUCCCUCUUGGGGAUGUUCUGUCCAACAUUGUUUGACUUAUUUGCUGAAUUAGAAGACUACCAUCCUCUCAUUGCUUUGAAAUGGCUACUGGGACGCAUUUUUGCUCUCCUUUUAGGCAAUUUGUAUGUAUUUAUUCUUGCAUUAAUGGAUGAGAUUAACAACAAGAUUGAAGAGGAGAAGCUAGUUAAGGCCAAUAUUACCCUUUGGGAAGCCAAUAUGAUCAAGGCCUACAAUGCAUCAUUCUCUGAAAACAGCACUGGACCACCCUUUUUUGUUCAUCCUGCAGAUGUACCUCGAGGACCCUGCUGGGAAACGAUGGUGGGACAGGAGUUUGUGCGGCUGACGGUCUCUGAUGUUCUGACCACCUACGUCACAAUCCUCAUUGGGGACUUUCUUAGAGCAUGUUUUGUGAGGUUUUGCAAUUAUUGCUGGUGCUGGGACUUAGAAUACGGAUACCCUUCGUACACAGAAUUCGACAUCAGUGGCAACGUCCUCGCUCUGAUCUUCAACCAAGGCAUGAUCUGGAUGGGCUCCUUCUUUGCUCCCAGCCUCCCAGGCAUCAAUAUCCUUCGACUCCACACAUCCAUGUACUUCCAGUGCUGGGCCGUGAUGUGCUGCAAUGUUCCUGAGGCCAGGGUCUUCAAAGCUUCCAGAUCGAAUAACUUCUACCUGGGCAUGCUACUGCUUAUCCUCUUCCUGUCUACCAUGCCUGUCUUGUAUAUGAUCGUGUCCCUCCCACCAUCUUUUGAUUGUGGUCCCUUCAGUGGCAAAAAUAGAAUGUUUGAAGUCAUUGGAGAGACCCUGGAGCAUGAUUUCCCAAGCUGGAUGGCAAAGAUCUUGAGACAGCUUUCGAACCCUGGACUGGUCAUUGCUGUCGUUUUGGUGAUGGCUUUGACCAUCUAUUAUCUCAAUGCUACUGCCAAGGGCCAGAAAGCAGCGAAUCUGGAUCUAAAAAAGAAGAUGAAAAUGCAAGCUUUGGAGAACAAAAUGCGAAACAAGAAAAUGGCAGCUGCGCGAGCAGCUGCAGCUGCUGGUGGCCAGUCCUAAGUAUCCUGAGAGCCCAGAAAAGGUUCACGUUGCCUUGCUGUUUCAAAUGUGAAGGCCCAGAGAACAAGCACUGUGGAACUUCCGUUUUCCUGUUCUACCCAUGAUGGAUUUUCAAGGUCAUGCUGGGCAAUCGAGGCAUCAUCAAUCCUACCUGAGCAAAAAGAAUCUUCACCUUAUUCCAAAUUCAGAAACUGUUUCUGUGCAGUGACUUUCUCCCCUGCUCCAUUUCAUGACUUUUUUUUUUUUAACCAAUUGAGUUUAGAAGUGGGUGUGAUCCAGCAAUACAAUACAAUUUACUAAAUUACAAUUUAGUUGGUGGAUUAAUUAAAAAGAAAUUGCUUAUAUGAACUUUCAUUUUAUACAUUUCUUUUGCCUUAGUUUUCUUAAACUGAGAGCAGAAAUAUUUCAUCCUUUUUCCUCUAAGUUCAGAAUUAUCUGCAAAAAGUACUCGUUCUAAUCAUUCAUUAACUCACUUUUUGAAACCAAUACCUUAUUUUCUCUUUUUUUUCUACCCGAUUCCCCACCCAUGCCCCCCACAAAUAUAUACCUAAAACCUUUGUAUUUGGUGCUGGGUUCAGUAUGAAGAGAAAUCAGCUUUUUAUAAAUAAAAAUCCUAUGUGAACUGGGGCCUGGAUAGCACUGAGUUGGAGACCUCUUAACUUGACAUGGUACGUGAGUCUUACACAGCCUAGCUUUUUAUGAGUUAAAGUUAAAAAACAAAAAGGAAAGACGUCAUAAAUGACUGCUGUUCUCUCAGUCUGCUCAUGCUCAUUUGUCUUCCAAUGAUUAUGUUAUUAGCAGUGAAUCUAUACAGGUUUGCAUCAAACUUGAUUCUUGCCUCCUUGGAGGGAAGAAGUGAGCUGCGGGGCAGAAGUAGAUUUAAGGCAGAGGGAGAGACUGAGGCAAGUUUUAGAGCAGGAGCGGUUUAUUAA